AUGUGGGGUGGCGAAGGUCUCCCAAUGUCUGUCACCGUGGUUGUGACUCUGCUCCUGGCUAUUAUUGACGUGAAGGCGAGUGGGGAGUACUGUCACGGUUGGCAUGACACCCAGGGCACAUGGAGAGAGGGCUUCCAGUGUCCAGAGAAGUUCGAUGCUGAGGAUGCCAUCAUCUGCUGCGGGAAAUGCGAGCUGCGGUACUGUUGCUCCAGGAAUGAAGCACGGCUGGACCAGGGGACUUGUGACAACGACAAGCAAGCCCAGCAACCGGGCACCGACAGCAAAGAGAACAAGGAGACGGGCGCAGUACCCAUCUACGUUCCCUUCCUGAUCGUGGGCUCUGUGUUCGUGGCUUUCGUCCUGGUGGGUUCCGUGGUUGCCGUUUGUUGUUGCCACUGUCUCCGCCCCAAACAGGAACUGUCGUCAGGGGGCGGGGGAGGAGGCGGGUCUGGUGGCGGCCGUCUCCUGGAGACCAUUCCCAUGAUGGCUAGCGUGGGCACGUCUCGCGGUUCCUCUUCCCGCCAAUCAAGCACGGCCACCUCGUCCAGUUCCUCUGCCCCUCCUGCCCAGGUGCCUCGCCCGGCCCCUCAGCCCAUGAUGCGUGCCCAGGCCUCCUGCUGUCUCCCUCCAGACGCCAGUGUCUUCGUCAACAUGCCGACCAACUUCUCCGUGCUCAACUGCCAGCAGGCCACCCAGAUCAUGCCCCACCAGGGACAGUUCAUCCACCCCCAGUACAUCGGCUAUGCCACCCACCACAUGUCCCCACCCCAGGGGGUCUACCUGGACCCCACCCAGGGGGGCUACAGACAGCUGCAGUCCCCCUACCCCCCACCCACCAGUGUGGCCAGUGUCACCAGCGAGCAGAAGUACCCUCCAGUAACAGUUUAA